AUGGUCUCGUAGUCCACUUUCAUGCGCACGCUAUGAAGUGUGAAUACCAUACAACAGAGCUUAUUGCAGCAGUUUUAUGCGGUUUAAUAUUUUUUUCCCUGUUUGGAUACUACUGACUGGGGCAUUGGAUAUGUGCACGCGGGAUGAUGAAAACCCCUUUCCUCCCCGCAGAAGUAAGAUAAAAUAGGGUUUCGAAUACAUUGGAUUUACUCCUCUCGUUCCAUAUGAAGAAGUCAAAAAUUUGGAUACGCAUCUGUGUCCAUUUAUUGGUGUGCACCACAUUUGGAGUUCACUCAAGUGAAUUUGGAGAUGCUGUAACAGAUGACAUCACAAGCAUUUCACUAUUGAAACAAAAUAUACCUAAAGAUUACAAGAUUCCUGUGACAUAUAUUCCAAAAGAAGUGGGUGGAAUGUGUUGGGUCACGCUAAAUGUUUUCCACUUGGAACUCAGUUUACGGGGAUUAGCAGACAAGUUUGGAAACAUUUCAUCCAACAAAUAUAAUAUCAGCAUAUUGAUCGAAAUGCUGAAAGAGACGCGAUAUCACAUGAAGAACUUGGAGGUGAUCACGUCUGAUUUUGAGUGCCACUAUAGAGACGAGAAAUGGCAGACAGGACACUAUUUUCAGUUUGUUGAAGAUUUUCUAAACACGGCCCGUUCGAAUAGAGAUUCGCCAGAAGAAUGCGAUCCACCUCCCUGUCCAACAACAACAAAGGCAUCAGCAACUACAAUAACAACACAAUACCCCACAUCAGGGAAAGAGCCUCUGAGAUUCCUGCCAGAAGUAGUGGAGAGAAGCCUCCUGUCACUACUUGUAAUUCCUAUUGCGGCCAUCGUGUUUCUGUUUGUGUGGAAGGUGAAAUCCAGGAGCAACCAACAUCAAUCAGAUGAACUGAAAUCAGUGGAAGGAGGCCUCUUCACAGGAACAGAAGAGAGUUUGGCACCUCCACUAGAUGACAUUUCUGAAAAGAACAGAUUGAACAUCAUUGAGGCAGUGUAAUUGUUCAAUCCUUGGAAAUUGGUGUACAGAGGAGUCAUCUAAGAAAGAGCGAGCAAACAUAAAACUACAUUUCUUACGGUGAAAGACUUGCUUCUUUCCUGUCCAGAAACUGACAGUCUUCUCAUACCAGAACCAGAUAAUGGCACACAAAAAUGUGCUGUCUUAUCACUCCUGCAAUAAGCUGGGAGUUGUUCUUGCGAGAGUAUAUUAACCUGUCAUCUACUAUCAAAUUUCAUCAAAUGAUGCUGAAAAGGAGAGUGUGAUUCUCAUGGAAACAUCUGGAGAUUCCAAUAACUGUUCAAAACACAGUGAACUUCACGGGACAAUGUUGGUUUCACAAGCACUCCCCGUUUGCACUUUUUGUAGGUUUGGCUGGAGCAUGGACACUGGUUCUACUCAAGAACGCAGCAUAGAACAAACACCUAUAAAUGGCUUUCUUUCAUUAGGACUGAAGCAUGAAUGACUACCUCUAGUCGCCCUGCCCUCACUUUCCUCAACUUCUUCUCAGCAGCAUUCCACUCCACUUCCUUCUCCAUCUUGGUUUCCAUUUGAUGUUCUCUGAGAAUCUAUUUUGAAAUGAGUUAUCUAGAAAUAUUCUCAGAUUUAACCAUCUGUUUUAUUUGAUGUUUUUGGCUAUGUACGUACGGAAGGGAUGAGGUUGUGUGAUGUAUUUAUUUAUUUGCUUACUCGGAAUGCUGACAGCAUAAUAUUGCUGCAGUUGGAGAAAGAAACUGUCAGUGAUUCGGCUCAUCUGUAGAAAUACUAAAUGAGCAGGAAAAGGUCUACGAGGGUGGUUUAUAAAGACUACAUAACUCAUUAUUCUGCAAUGCAUAAAGCCUCCUUAAACAGCACACUGGAAUCUAUAAACACAUGCGUUAUCUAUAUUAAGACAGCCAUAGAAUGAUGUAUGUAUGAUGGUGUUGUUAAUUGCUUAUGAAUGGAUUGUAUGAAAGGCUUUUGUUGGAGUUGUAAAUGUAAAAAAAAAAAUGUGCUACUUUGACUAACUUUCAUUUAUCCCAUUAUAUACAGUAAAAAAUGAUUGUCCCUAUAGCAAUCAAUGGUAGAUCAAGGGUAAAUCUUACAUAUCCAUAUUGAUUUAGAUCAGACAUUGAGGAUCUGAUAACGCAAGGUUUUUCUAUGCCCUCAACGCACAAGAAAGAGGUGGUCUAGCCUCAAGUAAACCAGUUUUGCAUCAGAUUCUGCAAUUACAUUAUAACUCCGCUCUGGUAUAUUGCAGCCUCACCACCCAUAAGGUAUAUUAUGUAUGUUGCAUGUACACAGCUGUACAGUUUAACAAUGUGUUAAAGUGGUUCAAAGCUAUGAAUUGAAAUUGAGCCAAGAAACAUUUUUACUUGAACAAUAUACUCCAGUAACCAAGUAUCCUAAUGAAUUGUGUUCCAAAUAACCUUCAGUAACCUAUACAGAAAGAUAGCUAAAAUGUUUAUUUCUGAGGUAACAAUAUUAGAAAAUGUUCUUAACACGCACGGCAAAAGCCAGAAUAUAUCAAAGUUUGUAGAGGAGCAGACUCUAAAAUUCACCAUUAUUUAGAAAAGUGAUAUGAUCUGUGAGGACAGUGUCUAGCAGUUUAUCCACUGUCUAUCAAAUCGUGUGGUACUCUUGUUGUACUCAGCAACUCAGGCUACGAUAUUGCAGCGUAAUUAUGAAGAUUAGUCUGAUAAAAGUUGGGUACGCAGUCAUGGCCAUCAUUCUAUUAUACCCAAAAUGUUUUGUAUGACAUUUCACCAACUCAUCAGGAGACUGCUAAGAAUUGACGCAAACCGUUGAAAAAUACAGCAACAUGGAGGACCUGAGACCAAGAACCCGUCUCAUUGAUAGGUGUUGGUUGUCUCUGUGACCAUGAACCCAUGGUAUAGAAAGUGCUAGAAAGUGUUGUGGACCAUACCUAGAGAGUGUUGAAUCAUUGACCAACUGGUAAUGAUCUCACACCAAUGGAAACUACUUGUGUUGUCAUUGUGGCCCUUAUAUGUUAACCCAUUACCCUCAUUUCAAUACACAAUUUUGAUACUAUACAAACAAAUGGACCCUAAGCCUAAGUGUAAACCAUAUUAAAUAUCAGGACACAGUCAGAGCAAUAACCCUCCUUCAUUUGAACACUUAUACUCCACAACACCGAGCUCUUAUAACGCAAUUCUACACUAAUUAACAUGUGACAGAAAUAUGCAUUAAACUCCAGUUUAAUUUAGAAAAUCCUGCCUGCAUGUAAUGUUUUAGCUGUUGUACUCUUUUUAUAGGAAACGGUUCAAAUGGUAAAACCUGUGUAUUUCACCAAGUGUAUUUGGGACAUUUUCCUUUUGCACUUUUCUUCUAGAAGAGUGUUUUUAUCAUGCAAAAUGGAGUGUAGGUAAAAAUAAAAUAAAAAACACAUUGGUGUUCAUAAAGUGACAGUUUCAGCAUGAGCAGCUGAAAAUGCUUGGUGUGAGUAAGUGUUGUUUUGUUAAAAGAUACAAGAGUAUUCUUUUUCAUAUCCCCCUUGAUACAAUAAAAAAACGUAAAAAAUUUCCACAACAAAACAUUCAUGUAAGCUUUUAAAGAGUUAACUUCAGAAGGUUUGCAGGUGUUUUACAUAUUGUAUGAAUAUUGCGAUGAGUUGAAACGUGGUUUAAGCUGUGAACAGAAAUGUGGUGGAAUCACCUAUGUUCUUGUCCGUCUUAGAGCCUAUGAACACAGAGCUAUAGGUCUGCGUCCCAAAUAGCACCCUAUUCCCUAUAUACAGUGCAUUCGGAAAGUAUUCAGAUCCCUUGACUUUUCCACAUUUUGUUACAUUACAGCCUUAUUUUAAAAUUAAUUAAACAGAUUUUUCCCCUUAUCAAUCGACACACAAUACCCCAUAAUGUCAAAGCAAAAACAGAUUUUUAUACAAAAUGCAUACAAAAAAAACAGACGUAACAUUUAUAUAAGUAUUGACCCUUUACUCAGUACUUUGUUGAAGCACCUUUGGCAGCGAUUACAGCCUUGAGUCUUCUUGGGAAUGACUCUUCAAGCUUGGCAUACCUGUAUUUUCGAGUUACUCAUAUUCUUCUCUGCAGAUCCUAUCGAGCUCUGUCAGGUUGGAUGGGGAGCGUCGCUGCACAGCUUUUUUCAGGUCUCUCCAGAGAUGUUAGAUCGGGUUCAAGUCCGGGUUCCAGCUGGGCCACUCAAGGUCAUUCAUUCAUUCAGAGACUUGUCCCAAAGCCACUCCUGCGUUGUCUUGGCUGUGUGCUUAGGGUCGUUGUCCUGUUGGAAGGUGAACUUUCGCCCCAGUCUGAAGUCCUGCGCAAUCUGGAGCAGGUUUUCAUCAAGGAUCUCUCUGUACUUUGCCUUUCCCUCGAUCCUGACUAGGCUCCCAGUCCCUGCCGCUGAAAAACAUCCCCACAGCAUGCUGCUGCCACCACCAUGUCUUACUGUAGAGAUGGUGCCAGGCUUCUUCCAGACGUGACCUUUGGCAUUCAGGCCAAAGAGUUCAAUCUUGCUUUCAUCAGACCAGAUCAUCUUGUUUCUCAUGGUCAGAGUCCUUUAGGUGCCUUUCAGCCUGCUCCAAGCGGCCUGUCGUGUGCCUUUUACUGAGAAGUGGCUUCCGUCUGGCCACUCGACCAUAAAGGCCUGAUUGGUGGAGUGCUGCAGAGAUGGUUGUCCUUCUGGCAGGUUCACCCAUCUACACAGAUGAACUCUGGAGCUCUGUCAGAGUGACCAUCGGGUUCUUGGUCACCUCCCUUACCAAAGCCCUUCUCCCCUGAUUGCUCAGUUUGACUCUAGGAAGAGUCUUGGUGGCUCCAAGCUUCUUCCAUUUAAGAAUGAUGGAGGCCACUGUGUUCUUGGGGACCUUCAAUGCUGCAGAAAUGUUUUGGUACCCUUCCCCAGAUCUGUGCCUCGACACAAUCCUAUCUCGGCGCUCUACGGACAAUUCCUUCGACCCGAUUGCUUUGUUCUUGCUCUGACAUGCACUGUCAACUGUGAGGCCUUUCUAAAUCAUGUCCAAUCAAUUGAAUUUACCACAGGUGGACUCCAAUCAAGUUGUAGAAACGAUGGUCAAUGGAAACAGGAUGCAUCUGAGCUCAAUUUCAAGUCUCAUAGCAAAUAUUUAAAAAAUGUUUAUACAUUUGCUAACAUUUCUAAAAUGCUGUUUUCACUUUGUCAUCAUGGUGUAUUGUGUGUAGAUUGUUGGUGGGAUAAAAAAAAAUCUGCCAAUUUAGAGUAAGAUUGUAAUGUAACAAAAUGUCAAAGUUAAGGGGUCUGAAUACACUGUAGUUCACUAUAUAGGGAAUAGGGUGUUAUUUUGGAUGUCUUUCCACGGAGCCUCAACAGCCCUGCAGUCCAUAGUGAAGAGAGCAAGAGUGAGCAGCAUACCACCAUGCAUCCCACUGCUGGCUUGCCUGUUAAACUAAGCAGAGUUGGUCUUGGAUGUGAGACCAGAUGCUGCUGGAAGUGGUGGUGGAGAGGCAAAUCAAAUCAAAGUUUAUUUGUCACGUGCGCCGAAUACAACAGGUGUAGACCUUACAGUGAAAUGCUUACUUACAGGCUUGAACCAAUAGUGCAAAAAAGGUGUUAGGUGAACAGUAGGUAAGUAAAGGUACUCUUUCCUCUGGUCUAAAAAAUAUCUCAAUGCCCCAGGGGGGCAGUGAUUGGCGACAUUUCCCUGUGUAGGUUGCCGUCUUUCGGAUGGGAUGUUAAAUGAGUGUCCUGACUCUCUGUGUUUACUAAAGAUCCCAUGGCACGUAUCGUAAGAGUAAAGGUGUUAAUCCUGGUGUCCUGGCUAAAGUCCUAAUCUGGUCCUCAUACCAUCAUCCCCAGCUUCCAAUUGGCUCAUUCCUCUCCCUUGUAACCAUUCCCCAGGUUGUUGCUCUAAAUGAGAAUGUGUUCUCCGUCAACUUACCUGGUAAAAUAACGGUAAAAUUAAAGAGCCUUAAAUAUGUUAUGGUAUCAGUUUUGAUAUGUUCUUUAGCUUAUUUUGGUUGAAAAUAUAGCUGUGCCCUGAAUAGUGGUGUUUAGCUUAGUCUCCCACCAUCAAAAUAUAAUUCCGUAUUUCUAAUGUUAGAAUUUUAAUUGAGGAAUUCUGUGUCUAUGUGUUCCAGGAAGUAAGUCUGGGUGCCAAAAGAAAACGUAAUUGUGACCCAGGUGAAAGCUGGGCAACACUCUACUGUUUACUGUAUUAUUGUAUAAAUGAAAAUAGACAUAUGAUGAUAUGAAUAAAGUACACUUAUCCAAAUA